CCUUGUUUCAGUUUUUAGCUUUGGUGCUAAUGCUACCAAAAAAUGGCGUUAAGUGGUAAAGAAAACCAACAUUUUGCAGAAGAGGUUGUAGAAAACGGGAAGGAAAACACAGAAAGCAGCCGGUUGGAGUCUUGUUUGGAUCAACCUUUGGACUCGAGCGUUCUUGAGGUCAUCAAGUAUACUCCAUCUCUUCUGCCCGCUAAACAUUACGACGAGGAGACCACUGAACCAAUCAGCUGUGGUCUCUGCUCAUUGGAGAAGUUGUUGUCCUGGACUCGACGUGAGGCGAAUCCUUUCAAUGUGGCAGUAGUUCCUCUGGCUCCUCGGGAGCCUCCUCUGGCCAACAGUCGGCUUCGGACGUUGGUGUCCCAUGACAUGAUGGGUGGCUACCUGGAAGACAGGUUUAUCCACGGGACACAUGCUGACAAUCCAUAUGUUUUCUACCACUGGCAGUACAUAGAUAUUUUCAACUAUUUCUCACAUCAGUUGGUCACUAUUCCUCCUGUCGUUUGGACCAAUGCUGCCCAUAAACAUGGAGUCCUUGUUCUCGGGACAUUUAUUACUGAGUGGGCUGACGGAGCUGCAGUGUGCGAGAGCUUUCUGAGCGACGAGGAGUCCUAUAGGGCCGUGGCUGAUAAACUGGUCCAGAUCAGUCAGUAUUAUGGCUUUGAAGGCUGGCUUGUUAACAUAGAAAACUCCCUCAGUGAAGCUGCAGUGAAGAACACGCCUUUGUUCCUUCGUUAUCUGACUGACCAAAUGCACGAGCGAGUGUCCGGCAGCCUGGUGCUGUGGUACGACAGCGUGAUUGAGAGCGGAGAGCUCAAAUGGCAGAAUGAACUUAACCAGUCCAACAGAAUAUUUUUUGACGCCUGCGAUGGAUUCUUCACCAACUACAACUGGACAGUGGAGAACCUGGAGUGGAUGAAGAACUACUCUGAGCUGCAAGGCCGCCAGGCGGAUGUUUACGUCGGAGYUGACGUGUUUGCGAGAGGAAAUGUGGUUGGAGGAAAGUUUGAAACCAAUAAGGCUCUGGAAGCCAUCAGAAAUCACAACUUCUCUGCAGCCAUCUUCGCUCCRGGCUGGGUGUACGAGACCCUCAGUGACAAGAGUGAAUUCUGCCAGAAUCAAAACAAGUUCUGGGCUCUUCUGGCAGAUUACCUGUACGUCCACCGGCCAGCCUCACACCUGCCCUUCACCUCCUCCUUCUGCCUGGGCUUUGGGAAGGCGUUCUACUGGAGAGGACAGCGUGAGACAGARAGGAGCUGGUUUAAUCUAACGGCACAGGAGCUCCAGCCUCUGUAUCAGAACCAGGAAGUGGAUGGUCAGGUGAGCCUGAGCAGCUCCAGCUGCUCCCAGGACGUCUGGARCGGAGGCAGCUCGCUGCUGCUGGAGGGAACCAUCCCUGCAGCUCAGGAUGCUCCAGUUAUUGCCACGAUCUUCUCUCUACAUGUCCCUCUGGACUCUAAAGUCUGGGUGACCCUGGUCUACAAGGCAUCUCCUGGGAUCACGGUGUCUCUGCAGCUGAAAACAACAGACAGCUCUCAGACUGACGUCCAGGAGGUGGCAGUUCCCAGUGUACCCCCUGAUGUUCUGGGUGAAGGGUACCAGUUAGUGAGCCAGUUCUCUCAGCUCUGUGGAAACCUGAAUUCUGACGGUUGGACUUUAAAAUGUUCACAGCUGGAGCUUCACAGUUGCAUCCUCCGAGAAAUCUGUGUCGUCAUCCAGCGGGACGGAGAUCCUCGGGACGAGCCUUUCAGCUGCAGACUUGGAGAAAUCAUGGUGCUGGAUGUAGGUGGUCUGCAGGCGCCCCCCGUCGCCGUCGCAGGGUUGUGCAUUGACGAUGUUGUGUGGAUGCGCGGCGCCAGGUCGUCACCUGAGAGCACGUCCCCGCUGCUGCGCCUGAACGCCACUCUGCGCUGGAACUACCCGCUGCAGCUCGUACGCCAUUUCAGGGUGUACUGGCGCCGGCUGAGGGGACCCGAUCCCCGAACCCCUCCGGGUCCUCUGGAGCUGGUGAGCAAGGCUUACUCGAACCUGUACAGGGUGACGGAGCUGGUUCUGCCAGAACCGCCUGGCCUGGUUGAGCUGGUGGUGGAACCAGUGGUGAGGAAUGGCUCCACGGUUCCUGAAGGCCUCUGGGGAAGAUGGCGGCUCAGCUACAUGGUGAUCUUUACACCAAGGCUGUUCCUCCAGGAUCCUGGUGCAGGCGAGACUUCAAAGUACAACUGGACCUUUUUGAGAUGCAGCACUUUAUCUGAUGUCUUCCUUCUGACAGUCUUUUUCAGCUGAAUGUAGCUGACAAACAGGGAUUUUAUGUCAAAGUCUGUAUUCAACAUGUCUGACAAAGUCUAACCUCUGCUCAGGAAUACCGUGACUGAAAAAUACAGAAUAUGACAGAAAUAUUAUGAAACUUUAAAAAUCUGUCAGGAUAUUUUUUUUUUCUUUUUUCCAAUGAGAUGUCAUUAAGUUAUCUGUAUACAGAUUUAUAUUCUACCAGCUACUAUUAAAUCAUAGGGGGACUUUAAAAAGUCUUCAUACAGUUUGAACUUUUCCACAUUUAGUCAUAUUUCAACAAGGGGUGUAACUCAGCAGCUUUAUCAAAAUAUAUUUGUUUGGGUGACGAUACAAUGCUUCUGAAUAACAAUCUGUCAUGAUACGAUUUCAAUUCAGCUCACAAGUCUGCUAUCAAUAAAUUUAAUUGUGAAAUGAAAACAUUUUAAUGGGGACUUCAAAUUUGAAAAGCUUUCAUCUCCUCUGAGGUUUUAUGUUUUUAUUGCGGUCAUGUAUCAAUUAUGGUUGACAUAAAAUAAUUUUCUUGACUAGCGAGUCUUUAAA